ACUUUAUUUACAUCUAGAAAUUCGUUUACCCGUACUAGCUUUUAGUAUGAUUAGAUCGCUUCAGUUCUGAUGGGCAUUCACAUUCGGUUCGGUUCGCGUUUUGGAUUCUGACAAGAUUCUCCGGGGAUAUCUUAUUCGAUUCGGAUCGGUCGUCGUCGAUCCAGGAGAAAACAACCUGUUACGCGCGGGGUCACGAUCACAGUCAGUGCAGCAGUGUGGGAAAAGUGGGUGGUGCACGGUGUGGUUCGAAGGAAUUUUGUUUGCGUAAACAAGCAAAGUGGUUGACCGGAUUCCCUGUGCUGUGUGAUCGGGCGUAUUGCGGGUUCGCGACGAAGACGGCGACGGCGGUGGAUUUUGGUAGUGUGCGUGUGAGAACUUUUCCUCCCCAUCAAGAGGAGGAAAAGCGUGAGAGCCACUCCCACUGGCAUACCCCACCCACCGGUUGUGCAUGUUGUGUGUAUCUCAAAAUCAGGUGGUGGUAGAGCGUCAGGACAAUCAGCAUCUGAGUACCUGUCCGGGAGCGACGCGCGGGUGCGCCUGAAAAUGAGUGCUCGGUGAGAGGUUGGUCGAUUUGGGCAAUCUCGGUGGAUUGUGUGAACUUUUCACGGUUUGGUGUCGUCGGUUCGGAUAUGUGUUUUCCUGCCAUUCGAGGGUUCAAAGUCACGUAGAGUGCGCUAGUCUUGGCUGAUCUCGAGGUUUGCCAUGGUUCGGAAGGUGGAUUAACUUGUGAGAAUACUGGACGACACAAAAAGUCAGGCAGAGAGCGAAGAAGUUCGAAGAAGGCGGUGUGGUGCUUCUGUGUUUUUUGGUUGCGACUUCUGACGGGGUGCGAAUUUUUCACGGUUCGGCCUCAGGCCUGUUACUGUAAACGCGAGUGUGCUUUCUUGAGUUUUUCGGGCGGUUUCUGAGUCUGUGGGAAUGCGGAAGACUUGAAUAGCUGAAGUCAUCGUGCUGGAGAAUCUUGGGAGCCUGUAGACAGUGUGGUAUGAGUUUUGGACUACUUGGAUUUUGAAAGGUGAAAAAAAACGCCCCACCCUCCGUGCACCCAGGCACGGAUUGGAUAAGAAGGCCGUGUGUGUUGACAGGCAAACUGACUUCAGGGCGUGCUGCGAUUUAGCGGUGGAUGGUGAUUACGUUCCUGCUGAUUGAUUGCCAUCGGAUUCUGUUUUUUUCUUCGGGAACGGAAGCUAUUGUGUGUGACUCCCGAUUAUAAUUGCUAGACAUUGACAGUAAUUGAUCAUUAGGCUGUAGUGAUUUGACAGUGGCAGUAAGAAACGGCCUCGCAUCCUUGGCGUUUGUAUGUGUUUGUGUGGAGUCAGGAAAAGCGUCUCCGUCGGUGGAGAAAGUGGGGGUUGGAAAAGUCGGAAGAAAUCAGGAUCGUGAGUGUCUGUGAGUUACCUGUGUUGGAUCCUGACCAAGUUCUGGUAAACAACUUGUGAGUGUACUGGAGGAAAGCGCACGUGUGAGUAACGGCACGGGAUUGUAAGUUGUAAUCCCCGGCGUGACACGUGUUUGAGUGUGGCUGUGAGUUACCGGUUCGUCGGCUGGUGAAAACAACGAGAUUAAUUGGUACUUGGAGUUCCAGGAUCAGAAAAAGUACGGAAGCUGCCGAAGGUUGACCAGCUUUGUCGGUUAGUGUUACAGGAGAACCCGAGCUGAGCAGACACACCGGCUCCAUAGAGGGUACCUGUUCUAGGACCUGUUCCCCGGGUGUCGGCCUGGAGAACCCACCCAACUCUCUGGAGCUCUCCGUCCACACCAGAUAGGGUGUGCAGGGCAGAGAGGAUAAACACACUGUUGAGGUACGGUUGGUUAGACUACGUUGGUAUCCAGAAGAACCUCUCGCCGCAGGACCCCUCAUCUACGGAGAAAACAAACGACAACGAAGAUUACUUACUCGCAAAACCACUAGGCCAGUGUUAAGCUAUAGCUAUUUUUCGCAUAGUGGCGCCACCUGGGCAAAUCAGGAAGUGUGAAACGGUUCUAUACGGUGUUUAUCCGGCGUAACGCGGGACCUUCCGAGUGCGUGACUGGAAUUAUCUUUCUGGUCUCGGGAACGCGCGUCUUUUUUUCCGUUUUGAACCAAUUUAUUUUUGUUUUCUUUUCCUGUAUCGUGUUUUCCGUACGUGUCCGCGGCUGCCCACCGCUAGUGACCAGUGUGUGAUGAUUUAUUUACGCUAGGAAAUCUGUUUAUCCGCCUUUCGAGGGAGGUGGCGCUCGCGUUCAUAUGUGAAUGCGCUAAAGUUGGAGAAUGGGUUACGGCGAAACGGCCUCAUAAAAAGAUAUAUUCUCAACGCGUUUAAUUACAUCACAAACCAUUCGGCACAGCAAAUUGAGUUGGAUGAAUAUCGACAUCGGAAACUGCACCAUAGCUUGGGAAAAUAAACAAGAAAAUAUCUCAAUCGAAGCCGAACAGCGCAGCGAUCCGUCGACAUUUCCAGUCGCAGCCAGUGACCCUUAAAAUUGGAUUGUGUGCUGCCGCUAGACGAGCCGUUUAUUAUCAUAAGCAAAUAUUGAAUGAUGAGUAGAGCAGAGAGCGUUUCGCUGAAGCGAUAACGAAAUUCGGGUGAAAAAGUGCCAAGUAAGCGCUCCAAAAAAAGAAACCACGUGAGAACGGUGAAAGAAGAAAUAACACAAAGAAACCAACCGGAAUCAAUCCAAAGAAUAUAGGAAGAUAUUGUGGAAAAGUAUUCUUGUUCAACACAGCAACAACAACGGUGUUGGAGUGCUGAGUAAGCGCGACAGUCAGUCAGUGGUGGAAAAAGUCCAGUGUAAAUAGACGGGCGUCGUCGUCGCAUCUGGUAAAUUUAUAAAUAGGCAGACCAACAGCAGUAACAACAACAACAACCGAGAGAUAGAACCACCUAAAACGUUAUCACACACCAUGGCUGACGAAGAAAUUCUGUUCGACGAUGUGUACGAGUUGUGCGAGGUGAUCGGAAGGGGUCCCUUCUCGAUCGUUCGUCGGUGCAUCCAUCGGGAGUCCAACCAGCAGUUUGCAGUGAAAAUUGUUGACGUUGCAAAGUUCACCGCCAGUCCCGGUCUCAGCACGGCUGAUCUGAAACGGGAAGCAACAAUAUGUCACAUGCUGAAACAUCCCCACAUCGUCGAGCUGCUCGAGACGUACAGCUCCGAGGGGAUGCUCUAUAUGGUUUUUGAAUUCAUGGAAGGAUCGGAUAUCUGCUUUGAAGUGGUCAGACGUGCUGUAGCCGGGUUCGUGUACAGCGAAGCAGUAGCAUGCCACUACAUGCGACAGAUUCUGGAAGCGCUGCGCUACUGCCACGAGAACGACAUCAUCCAUCGCGAUGUGCGGCCGGCGUGUGCCCUGCUGGCAACCGCCGAUAAUUCCGCACCGGUGAAGCUGGGCGGUUUCGGAUCGGCCGUUCAGAUACAAAACGGACGCGACUCGGUGGACGCGAACGACCAACCACUCCGGUUGUACUUGAGUCCCCGAGGAAAGCUCUACCUAAAAUCCGACGGCGAGGGUCGAAUCGGAUGUCCGCACUACAUCGCCCCGGAGGUGGUGACCCGGCUGAUUUAUACCAAAGCGUGCGACGUCUGGGGCGCAGGAGUGAUGCUGCACGUGCUGCUUUCGGGACGGUUGCCUUUUCAAGGUUCCGGCAAACGACUGCAGGAGGCCAUUGCGCGGGGACGGGUGAUGCUCGACACACCGGAAUGGAAAAACGUCUCUUCUACCGGCAAGGACCUGGUACUGAAAAUGCUUUCCCCGAAUCCAAAAAACAGGCCAACCAUCUCGGAAAUCCUCGAGCAUCCUUGGAUAAGGGACCGAGACAAACUUCAACGGAACCACCUGGGUGAGACGGUAGAGGAGCUCAAGCGCUACAACGCCCGACGCAAGCUGAAAGGAGCGGUGCAAGCGGUCGCCGGUGGGGUCGCUAUGGAUCCUCUUUGCUGCGCCGAUACCGACUCAAUGGCGAUCGGGACCGCCUCCGAGAGCCUGAACGAAUGGGCCGACGAAGAAGCCGGUCUGGAGGCCAUCCAGAAGGUUCUCGACUCAUUAGACGACAUUACCGCUUUGCAAGACACCAACUGCGAUCCGGAAGUGCUGGCCAGCAUGCUGCGCGACGUCAAGCUGCAUGAACUGCUCCAGCUAUACGAUAGAGUUAGUAGUUCCGUUAUCAAUCCGGGGCGGGCCCCCACGGGUGAUGCCAUCAGCCGCUGCCGGGAUGCCAUCGAUGCCAUCAGUUCGGCGCCGGGCCACAAGUACGGCCGCGAAAAAGGAGAACUCAUCAAUCUGCUAGGAUCGCCACACAUACAGGUAAAACGAUGAAUGAAAUAACUUAUAAGGUAAGUUAACGCCAAAAGAGUUGCAACGGUUAGUAUUUUGAGUAAUGAUUUGAUGCAUAAAAGCAAACUCCCUGUUUAUAAGUCGUGUUCGAUGAAAUUCUGGCGUAGUAUUUAAAAGGGCUUAUUUACAAAACGUAAACGUUGAGAAAAUCGCGUACUACAAAUUACGAAUACUUCUUCUUCUUCUUAGUGGCUCUACGUUGCCACUGGAACUCGGUUUGCUUUCUUUUCUUUGAGCACUUCCACAGUUAUUAAUUGAAGAGCUUUCUUUGCGAAACUCAGAAGGCUAGAUCCAGUUAGAUUAGUCAAUGAAUCUCAUUCUAGUUAGACCCUUUCAUUAGUGCUUGUUUCAGUUCGGACCUUUUUCAUUCACCGUAUUUUUUUUUUUUAAUUUUCAUUUUGACUUUAUUCUUAUACGAGAAAAAUAAAGUGUAAUCUACAUUGUUUCCUACAGAGUCAAUCG